AUGGCCACCGCGAAAGGUGUGAGUGUUGGCGAUAACAGUUAUUGGCAUCAAGGUGACAAUAUCACGACGAAUCAUCAUCAUCCGCUGCCUGCCCCACCCGCACCUCCAAGCUACAAGCUUGGGCUGAACCUGGACGGCGCGCCGCAGAUUGACGGGCGACUCUUCGUCGGACGAGAGCAAGAGCUUGCGCAGAUCCAAGAAUGGCUGUCCCCGGUGAACCCCACACAGAACGUGGUGGCCAUCUCGGGACUCGGCGGCAUGGGCAAGACACAGCUGAGUCUGCACUUCGCGAAGCGCUGUCACCCGAGCUAUUCUGCGGUAAUCUGGCUGAACGCAAACUGUGAGACUACACUGAAAGCGGCGUACGUCGCACUCGUGCGACGAUUUCACGGGGAGGACGGGCGAGGAGAGGCGGUGGGAAAGAUAGACGAAGAGCAGGCGGUUCGAACCGUGCGACAGUGGCUGUCGCGACCGGAGAACAAGACAUGGCUGGUGGUGUAUGACAAUUACGACGACCCGCAGCUUCCCGGACUUCGAAGCAGCACAGGGUAUGACAUCCGUACUUACUUUCCUUACUCCACACAGGGGUCGAUCCUAAUCACGACUCGAUCUGCUCGCCUCACGUUUGCGAAACAAGUGCGGCUGAAGAAAUUUGACGAUCUGGACCAAAGCCUGGCGAUUCUAGCGACGCGGUCGAGUCGGGAAACGCGAGGAGAUGGUAAUGCGACGAAAUUGGCGAAACGACUCGACGGUCUACCACUGGCACUUGCCACCGCUGGAGACUACAUCGGGAAGACCCCCGACAGCUUUGGCGACUAUUUACAGAUGUACGAAGACGCCUGGCAAGAUCUGGCCGACAACAGCGACGGGCUCUUUAACGUCUUGAAGGGUGGCUCAGAGAGAUUUGAUGGCUGUCGUGUGGAUAGUUUACAUGAGAAGCAUUUCAACACGACCACGAUAGAUUUUCGGUAUUGCCAUUAG